CUCGCUGCCCAUCCCAAUCCCCGCCAAAUACAAUCAUACUCUUACCUCUCUUCUCCGCCAUUAAUGGCGUCAUCUGUACUCUCCUGCAACUUAGGGUUCCCUUCACUCUCCCAUCGUCGAUCCCUCCCCACCAAAUCCUCCGCAUCCAUUUCCCUCAGACCUCUUCCCACCAGAUCCCGCGCCUUCUCUCAUGGAAUCUCCUAUCCUGUUCGAAAAUCUGGGGUCUCUCCCCGGAUCUCAAUUGUGCGGGCUUCGGCUGCCUCAACCGCCGCCCCCCUCCCAGCCAAACAGUCCUCCCCAUGGCAGGGCGCGGCGCUGAAGCCCUUAGCCGCCACGAUCGCUACGGGCGUUAUCCUCUGGCUCAUCCCCGCCCCCUCUGGCGUCUCCCGCAACGCCUGGCAGCUCCUCGCCAUCUUCCUCGCCACCAUCGUUGGCAUCAUCACCCAACCGCUCCCGCUCGGCGCCGUCGCUCUCUUGGGCCUUGGUGCGACCGUUCUUACCAAGACCCUCACCUUCGCCGCAGCCUUUUCCGCCUUCGGCGACCCAAUUCCCUGGCUCAUUGCACUUGCCUUCUUCUUCGCCCGGGGGUUCAUUAAGACGGGCCUUGGCAACCGCGUGGCCUACCAAUUUGUAUCCCUAUUUGGCAGCUCUUCCUUAGGCCUUGGCUACAGCCUUGUCUUCAGCGAGGCGCUUCUUGCCCCCGCAAUCCCCUCCGUCUCCGCUAGGGCCGGCGGGAUCUUUCUCCCGCUUGUGAAGUCGCUGUGCGUGGCUUGUGGAAGUAAUGUUGGGGAUGGGACGGAGAACCGGCUCGGAUCGUGGCUGAUGCUUACUUGCUUCCAGACGUCCGUUAUCACGUCCUCCAUGUUCCUGACGGCAAUGGCGGCCAACCCGCUGAGUGCGAACUUGACUUUAAAUACUAUUAAGCAGACAAUUGGUUGGACUGAUUGGGCGGUGGCGGCGAUUGUUCCCGGCCUGGUAUCUUUAAUUGUUGUUCCAUUGUUGUUGUACCUUAUUUAUCCGCCGACGGUGAAAAGCAGCCCGGACGCGCCAAAGCUAGCGAAGGAGAAAUUGGAGAAGAUGGGACCGAUGACUAAGAAUGAGGUCAUAAUGGCAGUGACACUCCUAGUAACGGUUGGCCUUUGGAUUUUCGGAGGCGUACUGAAUGUGGAUGCUGUGACUGCUGCAAUUAUUGGCUUAUCAAUUCUUCUCAUAACUGGGGUUGUUACAUGGAAAGAGUGUUUGGGUGAGGCAGUAGCAUGGGAUACUCUCACUUGGUUUGCUGCACUAAUAGCAAUGGCUAGCUAUCUCAACAAAUAUGGUCUAAUAUCUUGGUUUAGUCAGACUGUGGUCAACUUUGUUGGCGGCCUGGGUCUCUCAUGGCAGCUUUCUUUCGGCAUACUUGUUCUGCUCUACUUCUACUCCCACUACUUCUUUGCCAGUGGUGCAGCACACAUUGGUGCAAUGUUCACAGCUUUCUUAUCAGUAGCGAGCGCACUUGGAACCCCUCCACUCUUUGCCGCUAUGGUGCUCUCCUUCUUCUCCAACCUCAUGGGAGGCCUCACUCACUAUGGCAUUGGCUCUGCACCUGUGUUCUAUGGUGCCAAUUAUGUUCCUCUCUCCAAAUGGUGGGGCUAUGGAUUUCUCAUCUCUGUGGUCAACAUAAUCAUCUGGCUUGGAAUUGGUGGUAUCUGGUGGAAGACCAUUGGUUUAUGGUGAGGUAACCCUAAUUCAAAUUUCAUUUGAUUUUAAUUUUGAUUGAUCCCAACAAAUUAGCAGUUUGGAACAUUGAAUCACUGAUUGGUUUUACAUUUCCAUGUAAAUUCUACAAUCAGAGUAAUCUUUUGGGCUGUUAUUUUGUUGUUUGAUGUACAAGUAUGUGAGAAACUGUUCUUGGUAGAUUUUUGGAAGAUUUGGCUUUCUUCCUGUCAUGUUUUCUGGGUUAUAAAAUUCUUAUUUUGAAAAAGAUUAUCGCA